AUGAUCGCGGCGCAGGCCAAGCUGGUCUAUCAUCUGAACAAAUACUACAACGAGAAAUGCCAAGCCAGGAAAGCUGCCAUUGCCAAAACUAUCCGGGAAGUCUGCAAAGUUGUUUCCGACGUCCUGAAGGAAGUGGAAGUGCAGGAGCCGCGCUUCAUCAGCUCCCUCAACGAGAUGGACAAUCGCUACGAGGGCCUCGAGGUCAUCUCCCCCACCGAGUUCGAGGUGGUGCUUUACCUGAACCAAAUGGGGGUGUUCAACUUUGUGGACGACGGCUCCCUGCCUGGCUGCGCGGUGCUGAAGCUGAGCGACGGGCGCAAGAGGAGCAUGUCCCUCUGGGUGGAGUUCAUCACCGCCUCCGGCUACCUCUCGGCGCGCAAAAUCCGGUCCCGGUUUCAGACGCUGGUGGCUCAGGCGGUGGACAAAUGUAGCUACCGGGACGUGGUAAAGAUGGUGGCCGACACCAGCGAAGUGAAACUGAGAAUCCGAGAUAGGUACGUGGUGCAGAUCACGCCGGCUUUCAAAUGCACCGGGAUAUGGCCCAGGAGUGCUGCCCACUGGCCGCUGCCCCACAUCCCCUGGCCGGGACCCAACCGGGUGGCCGAGGUCAAAGCGGAAGGCUUCAAUCUCUUGUCCAAGGAGUGCCACUCCCUGGCCGGCAAGCAGAGCUCGGCCGAGAGCGACGCCUGGGUGCUGCAGUUCGCGGAAGCAGAGAACAGACUGCAGAUGGGGGGCUGCAGAAAGAAAUGCCUCUCCAUCCUCAAAACCUUACGGGAUCGCCACCUAGAACUGCCCGGCCAGCCCCUGAACAAUUACCACAUGAAGACUUUGGUUUCCUAUGAGUGUGAGAAGCAUCCCCGGGAGUCGGACUGGGACGAGUCUUGCCUGGGUGACCGGCUGAACGGGAUUUUGCUGCAGCUCAUCUCCUGCCUGCAGUGCCGGCGGUGCCCCCACUACUUUCUACCCAAUUUAGAUCUGUUCCAAGGCAAACCUCACUCGGCGCUGGAGAACGCUGCCAAACAAACGUGGCGCCUGGCGAGGGAGAUCCUAACCAACCCGAAAAGUUUGGAAAAACUUUAGAGAGGGCAAUUUAAUCAACAGCCGAAAUGUGAUCCAGCUUCUCAGAGUCCUGAUUCAAUUGUAUGCUUCCCUGAUUGACCGACCUCCUAUCUAAGAUUCCACUUGACAGUGCAACCAAUCUCUUCCUUGAAAAGGAAGAAUAAUACAAUGUUUAGGCACCAUCUCUCCCACCCCUCCAAGGGGGUUAAAGAAGCAGAGGCAGUGGAUGGAGAAAAACCCAAGCCCACAAGUAUUAGAAUUCUUUACAAAGGAUUUCAUAUCUCCCCUGAAAAACACACAAUGACACCUAGACAACAAUCCGGCUCUAAUGCAAGACCACAGUGAACAUUCUGCCUAACUAUCAAAGGAUUAGAGCAAUCCUUGUGAUUUAGGGGCAUCUGUCUGUGAGUAAACACUAUCUGGAAAUACCAUCAGAGGAGGGAAAAUGUAAUGUAUAUUUUGAUUUGUAACAAAUAUUGUGAUCUCACAUUGUCUUUGCAAGUGUGGAUGUUGGUGUUUUGUGAUUUGGUGAACAGAAUUCAAUUAAAUUGCCAUUUUGGAUACUUCCAGACAUUUUCCACUAACAAGAUACCAUUGAAAGGUAGAUUUCCUCCUGGUACUUUUAUCUGUCUUUGAAAUUGUCUGAACUUUUAAAAAGUUUACAUUUUGUUUCAAAUAUAUUGCUUGUUCUAUUUCUAACAUUCCAUAGAUAUACUUGAAAUGUUAUUUAAAUAUAUCAAAGAAAUUUGAAUUCAGCUUAUAUAAUAACGCUUGAAUAGCUGAAUUAUAUAUUUGAAAAAAUGCACUUGAAAUACACUGGAUAAUUACUUUUGUGAUUUAGAUUUUAAUUUCUGUUGCUGGUUUUUAUUUAAUUAGAAGCUA